GCGGACCUGAGAUCAUCAGCAGGCUCGGCGAAGUGGUCGAGCGACUGAACGUUACCGAUAGGGCCUCGCAACGAGUGCCGCAGCUGAUCCAAGCGAAGGACACCAGGAAGCCGCCGACGUUCAAGAACGAGGGGGCUCACUUCAGCGAGUUGUUGCAGAGGCUCAAUAGCUACGUGCUCAGCGUCUUCGGGGCGAGCUUCAAAGCGGUGAUCGAGUGGGCGGUCGACCAGGCGAACGACUCGAUGGCGCUCGCGACGGCGGCCGCGGUGGCGCAGUUCAUCAACGACGCGACCGACGGUGAAGAAGUCGAGUCGGUGGACGAGAAGAUCCCCAAACUCCAUGCGUUGUUCAUCUCGCUCGCAGAGGGCGAGCCCUCCGAGCUGGUGGCAAGCGCGGGCCAGGGUAGCGUGCCGCUGAAGAAGAUCACGGCGCCCAACCGAGCGACGGAGCUAAAGAACCUGGCCGGCGAGAUUGCGAAGUGGGGGGAGCUCAUCAGGGGCUGCGAGGGACGGCGAGCCGACGGUCGAGACAUUCGACUGGACGGCGAGAUCAAGAUGAACGCGCUUGAGAGCUAG